AUGCGUUCCUACUCAAUCGCCUCGAUAAGACUGCAUCUGCCAAAUCUUAUCGUCAUGUCUUUUAUAGCCAGCCACAAAAUCUGCACCCAUGACGAGAUAUUCGCCGAUAUAGUGGAGGAUUCCCGGCUUGCCCAUGACCAAAAGUUGUUCCAAUUGCUUCAGGCGGCAUAUUCGCCGGACUCCGCUCUUUUCCAAGACAUUUGUCUCCAAAUAGAACAAUUGGGGCUAUCGGAAUUCCAGCUCCAGCACAACGAAAAUGCCAAUGGAAACGGAAAAGUCGAAAAAACAGAAGACACGCGGCCUGUGGGAGAAGUUCCGGAUCUCACCUCCAACGAGCGGCGCCUUUCUUUCGAACUAAUGCACUAUUUGCCUAAUAAAAGUCUUCUGAAGCCGCCCGAAACUGCCGUCAGCACCGUCAAUGUGGUGACCAAGGUCACAGACUUGGAAAACAACGUCUAUGUGCCUGUGAAGACAGAAAAAGCUGCCUUGGCAGACAAACUCAAACGGUACCGAGGCCGAUUCCAGCUCUCGAAUCAGAAAAGCCAGCGACACCGGCCCGAAACAAUAAGGAAAGAGGCGUCCGUGCAAGACCCGGCCACAACUCUCAACGGAACAAUGGCAGACCAAGUGAGGCUGCCGAUGGCUCGGAAACUGUCUGUCAUGGGGCAGAAUCUCCCACUGUACAUAAAAAAUCAGCUUGGUGGGAGUGGAGGUGGAAACAGCAGCUCCAAACCUGCAAAGAGCUCGGACAUACUGACAGAACGUUUAAAAGAUUCUACAGGUCCGAAGAGUUCACAAAAGGACCAAAACGUCCCUAAAAAUGCACAUACAGAUUCUGUCGAAUCGUCCAUUAAGGCAGGUCCUCGCAAAAGCACAAGAAUCGACAACCUCUUGGCCAAUCUGGAGUCGCUUUACAUCCAUAAUGGAGACCAAAGCGAAGCUACUUCGUACGGCUCGAAUACAAAUAAUGGCUCUGCCAUUUCCGACGCCGAUCGUGAAUAUAUUCUGCCCAGUUCUUUCACAAAGUGGAAUGAUGACAAUGGCAUCCAUGUGUAUCAAAGCUCACUGGAGGAAGCCAGCUCAAACGAAGAGGAGGAGGAAGAAGAAGAGGACGGAGAGUAUUUGUUUCAAGUUCUUUAG